UCAGCCUUGGGUCUGACUGAAGACCCCUAACUCAAAGGGGACAAGUGCCGCUCCCCGUCAAACAGGUUCUCCUCGACUCCUUUUUCGUGUUAACAGAACCGCCUCUGCCAGUAUUUUGCUCUGGCACCACCUCCGUCUUUUUGGCGAUCCAUCUCCCAUCUUUCGUUCCUCGCGAGCCUGUCUCUGUUGUUUUCCGACCCGGAACACCUUCGUUUCCCAAAAGCCUUCUGUAAGCUAAACCAACCUCGAGACCCACCAUCCCGCCGUCUUUUCAGCACCCGACUUUGGCUGCGGCUUUGAAACUCAUUGUUCCCCUCUACAGUCAGUAGCAACACGACACGACCCAAACGCUCUUCGCCAUGAGACUCUCCUCUAUUGCUGCUCUCGCCCUCAGCGGCAGCGCCCUUGCCGCCUCUCAGCAGGAAUGUUUCGCUCAGCACAGCCGGGAUCUGGCCCAGUUCUCCGACUGCAGCAACCCAACCAACCUCGAAUUCUGCCUCUCACAAAUCACCGGCUCCGACAUCAGCGACGUCGAGGCCUGCUAUUCCAACGCCGGAUGCUCAGCGGCCCAGGCCGCCUCCGAGGCCAAAUACGCACUGCAGAGAUGCGAUGAAUUCGCCAAGAUGGGAGACCUGAGGAAGCGAUACCGCGGCGUGUUCGAGGGAGCAGAGAAGACAGUCGCUGCCCGAAACCCUAUUGCCGCCCCGGCACCAACCCACUGGGCUCGUGAUGGCACUCUCCAGUGUCUCGCCACCUCCACCGUCAAGACCUCGUCCUGCGAUAUUCAGACUGACAAGGGUGUCCUCAAGACCCUCACAUGUGUGCCCACCGAAGUUGCCCAGAGCGCCUGUGCCCCCGGCCUCAUGUGCUCCAUGGACAGCCAGGGCACUACCGUCUGCAUGAAGAAGCAAGACAGCCUCGGCGUUGCCGGCAUCAUCAUCGCUAUCGUUUUUGGUGCCUUCAUCGUCAUCGGCAUCACCUUCCUGACCUUUGCUUGCUGCCGAGAGCGUCGCCACCAGAAGCAGCUCGAGGCCCGUGCCGAGGCCACCGCUCUCGCUCGCGCCCAGACAAAGAAGGCUCGAGCCGCCGAAGCCCGCGCUCCCUUGAUGCGCCAAGAGGGAGGUGACCCCUUCACCGACCGCGCCCAGUCUUAGAAAGCCAGAAUAGGUCGUGGCAACGGGCUAACACCAAGCAGGCUUGAGGUGGUUAGAGAACAGGAAAACGGUCGAGACGUUGUGUGACGCACGGCAUUCAGGGAGGACCAGCACUUUUGAUUGAUGUCUUGUUUUUACUUUUAUUGUUUUUUCGGCGCAUCAUGUUGCUCUCUUCGAGCCGUGGGUUACAGGGAACAAGACGGGUGCACAUACGUGGGUAGCAUCCUUGCUGCUUCUCGUGCUUUGGCAAGACGGGCACAUAUCAUAAAAGACAUUCCAGCUAGAAAAUGAGGCGAGCCUCGGGUAGGAAACGGGAAGAACUGACGUUACAUAAAGAAGCAGCAUUGAUCUUUGGGGGGGUUUGAUUUAGAUAUUUGAAAAAUAAAUUGUUUUUAAUCGAAAUAAAAAAUAAAGAAAAGAAAAAACUAAAGAAAGCUAGAAGGAAUUUCCAUGUUAGA